CUGCGGCGGCACCAGCAGAGCCACACGGGCGAGAAGCCCUUCAGCUGUGACGAGUGCGGCAGGAGCUUCAGCCGCCCGAGCAGCUUGAAGGCGCACCAGCACGUCCACACGGGGGAGCGGCCCUUCGGCUGCGACGAGUGUGGCAGGAGGUUCAGCUACUCGGGCGACCUGAAGAAGCACCGCAGGACCCACACCGGCGAGCGGCCCUACGGCUGCCCCCAGUGCGGGAAGAGCUUCAGCUGCUCCAGCACCCUGAAGAAGCACGAGCAGACCCACACGGGCCGGAGGCCCUGCACCUGCCCCCAGUGCGGGAAGAGCUUCAGCCGCUCGGGCUUGAGGAUUCACCUGCGCGCGCACACCGGGGAGCGGCCCUACACCUGCGCCCGGUGCGGGAAGAGCUUCGCUCAGCUCAUCACCCUGAAGAAGCACCAGCAGGUUCACGCAGGGGACCGACCCUACAGCUGCGACGAGUGCGGGAGGAGCUUCAGACAUGUUAGCGGUUUACGAGGGCACCGGCGGGUUCACGCGGGCGAGCGGCCACUCAGCUGCACCUAGCGGGCUCGGAGCGCCAGCGUAGAUCCACGUCGCCGUGUGUCUGCCACAGACCUGCUCUAACACCACGGUCCUACAUGCUCUUCUGCCAGACUUACACACUUCCCCAGGAUCGACGUUUGUUUUUCCUCCGAUUCCAGCUCGCAUCCAAAAAGAACUGGAAUUUGUCCUUUUGGAAUCAAUGUCUUGUCUAAUAAGGCAUGAGACUGCUUGCUGGACGGAUCAUUACGGAGAGAAUUCAAAAGAUAUUUCCAGACUGAGAUCAGGAAAAUCUUUUCUGAUGCCUUUUCCUGCUAUUUGCUCGUAUGAGUCAGAAACUCCGUCACCUCAAGUCCACUUUCAGAAGCAGCAUUGAAGCUAACAAACGCUAAAAACACUAGAUAGAUACUUUAUUAAUCCCCUGAGGGAAAUUGCAGUGCAACAGCAGCCAAGCACAGUCAACACAGUA